GUAACCAGUAACAGUUCUGAUAGCUGUCAGACGACGUUUUGUCAAAAAAAUUGCCAAAAAUUCCCCAAUUUUGACGAAAAUAAUGCACAAAUUUUAAUAUAUAAUCGAUUCUCAUAAUCCCCUGUUCAAAUUUACCGCCUUCGUUUUGGUCAAACCGAGCGCGGACGAGGACUCGCUUCGACAACGAUCGGCGUUCAGUCAGUGUGGCGGGUGCGGCCAUAUUGGGAAUUCGUGAGACAACCGACGGACGAUUUGUGAGUGGUGUUUAGUGAAAAUUAAUCCAAAAUCAUCGGAAAAUGGCUGAAAGGGAGGACAACGUGUACAAGGCUAAAUUGGCCGAACAGGCCGAACGUUACGAUGAAAUGGUGGAAGCCAUGAAGUUGGUUGCCAAACUCGACCUGGAGCUGACGGUCGAGGAGCGUAAUCUGCUUUCGGUCGCUUACAAGAAUGUCAUCGGAGCGAGGAGAGCCUCUUGGAGGAUAAUUUCGUCCAUUGAGCAGAAGGAGGAGAACCUGAAGGGACCCGAAAAGAAAAUGGAGAUGAUUAGGACUUACAGGCAACAGGUUGAAAAGGAAUUGAGGGACAUCUGCUCAGACAUCCUCGAUGUGUUAGACAAACAUUUAAUUCCUUCAGCGUCAACGGGCGAAAGCAGAGUAUUUUAUUAUAAAAUGAAGGGUGAUUACCACAGGUACCUCGCGGAAUUCGCGACCGGUACCGAUCGCAAAGACGCCGCCGAACACUCUCUGGUCGCUUAUAAGAACGCGAGCGACAUCGCGACCACGGAACUGCCGCCCACCCACCCGAUACGGUUGGGGUUGGCGUUGAAUUUCAGCGUAUUUUACUACGAGAUCUUGAACAGUCCGGACAGGGCGUGUAGACUGGCGAAGGCGGCCUUUGACGACGCGAUCGCCGAACUGGACACCCUCAGCGAGGAAAGUUAUAAGGACAGCACCCUCAUCAUGCAACUGUUGAGGGACAACCUCACCCUGUGGACCAGCGAUAUGCAGGGCGAUGGUGAAGGUGAGGCGGAACCCAAAGAGCAGAUCCAAGACGUGGAAGACCAGGACGUGUCAUAAUCUUAAGGCGCCUCCCGGUGUCGCCUUUGAACUGGCGGCGACAUCAAAUCAUCACCACACACACUAAUAAUUUAAAAAAAAAAACCGAACUGUCGAGUGCUGUGUCGUCAUCAUCGUAGUAAAGUGCGGGUGUGGAGGGCGCGCGGGGGCACGCACUAGUUUUUUUUCUCUCUCUCUCUCUAUCUGUGUUUGUUGGUUAAAUCGUCAUCAGCGCAUGUGCAUUUUUAAAUUAAUUUAAAGUAUUGUCGCCGCGGGCGUUUUCUUCGAAUUUGACACAGUUUAGAUCUGGUAAUUUUUUUUUUAUAAUUUAAUUUUAACGGUUAAAUUUGGGGAUGGAACGCCGUGUGCCGCGCCUGCCCGCGCCCAACAGUGCAUGGGGGCUUUUUUUUUCUUAAAGGAGCUCUAGUACAUAAUGUAUUAUUAUUAAUAUUAUAACUAGCCGUAACUCUG